AUGGCAGCCGUGUUCUCAGUAGUAGAGUCGUGGAUGAUGAUGCCAGCAUUGAUACUGGUUUGUUUGGGUCAACACUCCGCAUUACCCCUCAACCAGUUGAAUGGUGCAAUUGGACUAGGGCUACACUAUGUAAAGCUACUGGCUGUGGCACAAACCACUUCAAAGAAAUUGGGAAUUGUGGCAAGUGUUACUCCAUCGCCUGCCCCUCCUACCCCUGGUGUGGUACCUACCACCAGUACCACUGGCUCCACUAGCACUUCUACCCCUGGUGUGGUCGUCCCUACCACCAGUACACUAGCAGCUCUACCCUGGUGUGGUCCCUACCACAAGCACCAGUGGCAACUACUCACCAUUCAGAGCCCCAUCACUACCCCUACCAGUGCUCCUACAGCUGUCAGUACCGUUGCAGAACCUUCUUCUGAUACUCCCACUACCACUGAUGGAACAUACACCACUGGAGAAAUUACUACUGAGCAACCUACCACUGCUGAUGGCAAGAACACUACAUGUUCCGUGUUGGAGGAAAUAGCUGCCAAUGCUGAGGUACAGGUGAAGGGGGCAAAGAUGGAAGAAGGAAGUGAAGUUGUAGCCCAAAACCAGGGGACAUGUGAUGCAGUUGACCGCAUGAUUCGAGGUGCCAGAUCCUUAUCCUGCACCAGAAACACCGCCUGCAAUAAGACUGACUGUACUUCCAGUCUCCUGUCUGGAUACACUCUCACCAUGGAGCUUCUGUCCUGCAGAAACCCUCCAGGCGUCCGCGUUAUUCUAAAGGAUGGCAGCCGUGUUCUCAGUAGUAGAGUCGUGGAUGAUGAUGCCAGCAUUGAUACUGGUUUGUUUGGGUCAACACUCCGCAUUACCCUCAACCAGUUGGAUGGUGCAAUUGGACUAGGGGUUAGUUUGGAGUCUCUCUUGGGAUCCAGUACUCUGAUUCCCUAUACCAUUAUACCACUGGACAACGGGUCUUGUACUCCUCCCACCACAGAGACUCCAAGUAUUGAGACUCCUACUACUAAUAGACCAACUGUUAGCACUACUGCUGCUACUCCAACUAACACCGCCGCCACUACUACUAUUCAGACACCCACUCCAGGAUCUGUGAAUGGGACACAACCCACACAAGGGCCGAAUGCUGAGACGUGCAAUGGGUUUGAUCAGCUCAUCCGUAACGUAAUGGAGAUGACGUGCACUCGCAACCCGGAGUGCGACACGGCCAACUGUACCAUCACCAACCCUUCCUUCAGCGGCCACACCCUCUCGUUGACGCUUCUGUCCUGUCGUGUACCUCGACCUGGGGUUCGACUGGUCGCCAGGAACCCCGGGGGCCAGCUGCUGAUAGACAGAGUGCUGGACCAGUCUCAGAGUGGCAUUGAGCUAACUCCCAACACUGUACUGGACAUGACUGUGGACCAGAGGAACAACAACUCCAUUGGCCUUGCUGCAACAGUGAGGGCUGAUCUGGGGUUCACUACAAUCAGUAUUCCAAUUCUGACAUACACUAUUCUACCUCUGGAUAAAAGAUCAUGCUCUCCUGAAGGAAUUGUGGCAAGUGUCACUCCAUCGCCUGCCCCUCCUACCCCUGGUGUGGUACCUACCACCAGUACCACUGGCUCCACUAGCACUUCUACCCCUGGUGUGGUCCCUACCACCAGUACCACUAGCACUACUACCAUUCAGAGCCCCAUCCCUACCCCUACCAGUGCUCCUACAGCUGUCAGUACCAUUGCAGAACCUUCUUCUGAUACCCCCACUUCCACUGAUGGAACAUCUACCACUGGAGAAAUUACUACUGAGCAACCUACCACUGCUGAUGGCAAGAACACUACAUGUUCCGUGUUGGAGGAAAUAGCUGCCAAUGCUGAGGUCUUCACGUGUACUGCAGACACAACCGAACCUUGCGACACAGUCGACUGCUCUGCGUUUGAUUUAUACACUGCAGAGUUUGUACUCCUGCCCUGCCGUACCCCACCCGCCAUAAGAAUAGUCAUCAACCAGGAGGAGACGCCGGUAUUGGAUGAGACUAUCGAUCGCUCCAGGGUGAUUGUAGUUCCUCAGUUGCUUGGACUUGUUCUGAACAUAACUCUCGACCAGUUUGAGGAUGCUAUUGGGCUGCAGGUUGAAGGAACAUUGAGGGGCAACACUCUGAAUGUUAUCAAGUACACAGUCAUUCCUCUGGAGAAGGCCAAGAACUGCAAAGGUACAGGUGAAGGGGGCAAAGAUGGAGAAGGAAGUGAAGGUACAAAAGCUCCAGGGGACUCGGAAGAGCCGUCAUCACGUUCAGCUGGUUUCCAGUUUCAUUUCUUUUGGCCUCUUCUCCUCCUCUCACUCAUCACACUCAAAUGAAUCAAUGUCAUCACAGAAAAAAAUUGUUCUGCAGAUUAGCUAUGUUUAUAAGUAUGUGAUAAUUAUGAUAAAUGAAGGGAGCAAGACA